GUGUGAGGAGAGAGAGAGUGCUGGAGAGAGGACAGGAGAGAAAGAACGAGAGAAGGCAGGAGAGAGAGAACGAGAGAAUGAUGGCGGCGGAGGAGGAGAAGCCGGGUUUGAAGAGCAGCAGCUCCAUCGUUCCCUGCUUCUUGUUUGUUGAGCUGGUGAUCAUGGCAGGGACGGUUCUCCUGGCGUACUACUUUGAGUACACAGACACGUUCCCCGUGCACAUCCAGGGCUUCUUCUGCUACGACAAGACGUUCUCCAAGCCCUACCCCGGCCCGGAUGAAACCAGCAAGAUACCCCCACUGCUGGUCUACUCACUGGUUACAGGCAUCCCCUGCUUCACGAUCUUGGUGGGGGAGUUGGUGGCGUUCUUUCUGAAGGCUGAGGGGACGCAAGAGAAGACCAUAGUGACAGCAGACUGCUGCUACUUCAACCCUCUGCUGCGACGCAUCGUCCGCUUCCUAGGGGUGUUCUCCUUCGGCCUGUUCACCACCACCAUCUUUGCCAACGCGGGUCAGGUGGUGACAGGAAACCAGACGCCUCACUUCCUGUCUGCCUGCCGGCCUAACUACACGGCCCUGGGGUGCACAUCCAACAUGCAGUACAUCACCCAGCCCCGUGCCUGCACUGGAAACCCCCUGGUAGUGGCGUCUGCACGCAAAUCCUUCCCCUCCAACAGUUCCUCCUGCGGGCUCCUCCCCCCUACCUCUCUCCUGUCUCAGAUGUAUGUGACGCUGGUAUUCCGGACCAAAGGCACUCGGCUGACCAAGCCUACGGUCAGCCUGACCCUGCUAUGCCUGGCCAUGCUGGUGGGAGUGGUCAAGGUGGCAGAAUACCGCAACCACUGGGCCGACGUCCUGGCCGGCUUCUUCACUGGAGGAGCCAUUGCUGUGUUUCUGGUGACGUGUGUGAUCAACAACUUCCAGCAGACGAGGCCCCCUCCCCCUCCCCCGCGACCACAGCGCCCUGAGUCGGUGCUAGGCAUGCCCAUGGUGGCUCUGCCCUGUGUGGAGAGUCCACUCGAAAAGUUAAGUGGAACUCAGCAUCCUGCACUCUCCUCCUCCUGCCCUCCCUACCAUCCCUACGUUCACCACCCAUUCUGACCAACUUUGGAUCUUUUUCUCUUGCUCCUCACUCGUUUUUAUUUUUUUCAUCACUCUUUCCACCCCAUCUUUCUCUCUGUCUCUUUCAUUCCCUCUCUCUCUCCUUCUUCCUCCAUCUCUUCUCUUCUGUCCCUCCCUCUCUCUUUUUCACUCCUCUCUCUCUCCUGCAGACUCCGAGGGGAUCUCCUUUCACAGAGAUCACAUGACCAUCAGCCGUAUCGGUUCCCCGCCACCCCAGAUGUCCUCAUUCCGUCUCGCUCCA